AUCCGAGGCGGCGGGACCCUCUUGUCCAAACUAUGUCUGGCUGUCAUGGUCCGGAAGGUGACUGUUGCUCGCAGCGAUGCCUCGCUCAGUAACCCGAGCUGUGCCUACCAAAAAUGUGAGAAACGCUCGGCGAUUGAGAACACUCGCUUAUAGUCAGAAAUCUGAAAGAGAUGGUUAAACUGCAUUGAGUUCUGAACAGAGCGUCAUGUGAACUAAGACAUUUGUCAGAAGAUAACUUGAUGGCAUCACUGUGAAGUGAGAUUUGUCUUCAAAAGGUGCUGGAUAAAUGUACAAGAACGUUGUAAAGUGGGACUUCGAAUGGAAGAAAUCGGCAAACCUUGUGAAUGUAAAAUUGAAGUUAUUCCGGUUUUUCUAAUAUACUGACGAUACAUGUAUGGUACAAACCAGAGGAAAUCCAUGUUGAGAAUUUUUCAAGUAUGAAAAGAUUGAAAAUAAAAGCACAUGUAAAAUAUGCAACAUAGAUAUGGUUGGAGACCAUGCAACGGAUUUAGAGAGGCACCUAACGUGUCACAAUGUGGAUGAAUACAGUGCAGUGCAAAGCAAAAAGACAAAGAAAUUUGAAGAAAGUGUCAAAAGUGUUCUGAAUAAGCAACAAAAGACAUUAGACAAGUUUUCCAUUCCUGAAUACCUUAAGGACAAGGAACAUCCAAGAUACUUGAUCCCAGAGCUUUGCAAACAGUUUUACCAUCUCGGCUGGGUCACUGGGACUGGAGGAGGAAUUAGCUUGAAACACGGCAAUGAAAUCUACAUUGCUCCUUCAGGAGUACAAAAGGAACGAAUUCAGCCUGAAGACAUGUUUGUUUGUGACAUAAAUGAACAGGACAUAAGUGGACCUCCACCAUAUAAGAAGCUAAAAAAAAGCCAGUGCACUCCUCUUUUCAUGAACGCUUACACAAUGAGAGGAGCUGGCGCAGUGAUUCACACUCACUCUAAAGCUGCUGUCAUGGCCACCCUUCUCUUUCCAGGACAGGAGUUUAAAAUUACACAUCAGGAAAUGAUAAAAGGAAUAAGGAAAUGCACCUCAGGAGGGUAUUAUAGAUAUGAUGAUAUGUUAGUAGUGCCCAUUAUCGAGAAUACGCCUGAGGAGAAAGACCUCAAAGAACGAAUGGCUCAUGCAAUGAAUGAAUACCCGGACUCCUGUGCAGUGCUAGUCAGACGUCAUGGAGUAUAUGUAUGGGGAGAAACAUGGCAGAAGGCCAAAACCAUGUGUGAAUGCUAUGACUAUUUGUUUGAUAUUGCUUUAUCAAUGAAAAAAGUAGGACUGGAUCCUACACAGCUUCCAGUUGGAGAAAAUGGAAUUGCGUAAACCAAUACGAAGUUUAAUUAUAUACAGAGAUAAGGCGAAACUUAUUACUGAAAUGAAACUCGACUGUUUUUUAAAACGAAUUGAAAAUUUCCUUGAAGCAUACUAUGCUAUUAAUUUGUCACUAAGUACCACAGGGAGACCCUGGUGGCAUAGUGGUUGAGUGCUACGGCUGCUAACCAAAGGUCGGUAGUUUGAAUCCACCAGGCGCUCCUCAGAAACUCUAUGGGGCAGUUCUACUCUGCCCUAUA